UACUAGUAACAUGAUGAUUUAAUAAGAUAGGAGUAGGUUGUAGUGAUAAAGAAACUAGGGGUGAGUAGGAGUAGUAGUAUAGGAAACAAACAGUGUUAGUAGUACUUAUAAACAGUAGAAAUGCAUAGACCAAGGAAAGAGGUAGCAGCAGUGAGAUUCAUUUCAUUCAUUAAUUUCAUUGGGAAGGAAAACUCUGAGUUAAGUUGCAGAGACACACGUUAACUCUCCAUCUAACCUCUCUCUGUCUCCACCUGCAUUUAACACUUCUCUACUGUUCUGCUUGUGUUCUUACUAUUCUUGAAUGUACUUAUCAUCAUAAAGAAAGACCAUUUGCAACCAAAGUUUGUAUGAAUCUGAUUCCACUUUUCCCAGAACAUUACUGUCCAUCAACCCCAAAAAUCCCUAUUCUUCUCUGACUCAGUUUUUUAUUUUUUCUCACUCACAGUUACAGACACAUUUUUUAGCUUCAUUUCCGGGAGUACUCUUCUUUUUCAUAUACAGUAAUUUUUUUGGGGACUAAGCAAAACAGGGUUUGGAGGACAAAGUUGCAGUGAGAUUUCAGCUAUGGAUCAUCAUCAUCAUCAUCAACAUCAUAUGAUGAAUAUGGAAAAUAAUGUUAAUAGGAAGUUUUUUUCAUUUCCUUUGAGUAACAACAACUCUUCUGGUGUUCAAGUUCAUCAUAACUACAAUCAACAGCAGAACAACAACAACAACACUUCUUCAAGUGUUGCUGUUAGGGAUAAAAUCAUGGCACAUCCUCUCUUUCAUCGUCUCUUGUCUUCUUACCUCAAUUGCUUGAAGGUUGGAGCACCUCCAGAAGUGGUGGCUAGUUUAGAGGAGUCAUGUGCAAAAUGUGAAGCCUUGAAUGGCUCAUCAGGAAGGAGUAGUAUUGGUGAAGAUCCAGGUUUGGAUCAGUUCAUGGAGGCUUAUUGUGAGAUGCUUAUCAAGUAUGAGCAAGAACUCACAAAGCCCUUCAAAGAAGCUAUGCUUUUUCUCUCAAGAAUUGAGUCUCAGCUUAAGGCUCUUGCUGUUUCAACUGACUUUGGUCAAAGUGAACCAGCUUCACAUAAUGAGAUUGAUAUGCAUGAGAACAACCUUGAUACUCAAGGUGAAGAUCAGGAAUUAAAAGUGCAGCUUUUGCGCAAGUAUAGUGGAUAUCUUGGGAGCCUCAAGAAAGAGUUUUUGAAGAAGAAAAAGAAUGGAAAGUUACCAAAGGAAGCUCGGCAGCAACUACUUGAUUGGUGGAACAGGCAUUACAAAUGGCCUUACCCAUCGGAAAGUCAAAAGCAAGCACUAGCAGAAUCCACGGGCCUAGAUUUGAAGCAGAUCAACAAUUGGUUCAUUAAUCAAAGAAAACGUCACUGGAAACCUUCUGAGGAUAUGCAAUUUGCUGUGAUGGAUGCAACAAACUACUACAUGGAAAAUGUCAUGUGCAAACCAUUUCCUAUGGAUGCUGCCAUGCCUAUGCUUCUUUAGCUUUGGCACAUUCAUCCUCUCAUCUCAUCGAAAACCCUAUCUAUAUCUAUCUAUAUAAGUUAUAAUUUAACUAGGUUGUGGAGGUACAAUAUAUAUUUAUGUAUGUUAUGUAACUUUAAUAUGUAGAAAGGUGAGGAUAAAAAGCACACUAUCCUUGAACUACAUGUAUCUUUAUUAGAUUGAACUUGAAAUCUAAUUAUUAUAUAUAUAAGUUAGCUA